UUCGAAUCCAUCAGUCUCAAAAAAUUUUUUUUGGGUUUUUAUUUAUGUUUUUAGUUUAAAAAUAUUUUUAGGGAUAUUUUAUCCGCAAAAUAAUUUAUUCUGUCCGCAAAAAAAUUUUUGUCCGCAAAAAAUUUUUUUGUCCGCAAAAAUUUUUUUGUCCGCAAAUUUUUAAUUUUUUUCUUUUAAAGUUUUUAUGCUCCACAUGAUCAAAUUCAAGUUUACAGACUUCCUUUAGAAAAAUAUUUGGGUUUCCGUCCACCAACAUUUAUGCCUCCUUCAACUUUUAUUGAAUUAUUGAGAGUUAUAAUUUCUGGACGUAGUUCAAGUUGGGAUUGGGCUAUAGAUAAUAGAGUGCCUAAUUUGAGAAUACAGGAUUUGUAUGCUCUCCCAAGUCCCUGGAAAAAUUCAACAGAAAAUAGCCCUGAAAAUUUUGCAAAAAUAAAAGCAAGGAGAACAGACAAUUUAAAUUUAGUCAAAGAAGCAUUAAUUAAUUUAAAUUUACAAAAAAAUAAUUUAAUUAAAAAGAGUCAAUCACAACAAGUAAAAAAUCAAAGAAAUCAGUAUUACCAACAAAAACAACAAGGAAGAGACAAUGAUACUGGUAGUAAUAAAUUAAUUACUCAAGCUAUGACAAAUAAAAUAAUAAGGAAAAGAAGAUAUUCUCGUGAGGAGCGAAAUUGGAGAAGGCAAGAAGGAUUAGAAACUAUUAAAAAUUAA